AUGCUUCAAUUGUCAUGUGUGUGCCGCAAGUCGAAUCACCACAACGUGCUGCGGCGUGGGCGGCCGCACAUAUACAAGUACCGUGAGCUCAACCGUUGGCAGCGGCAGGCGCAGGGCAUCAGCAAGUGGGACCAGUCCCACUCGCACCGCCCGCCACCCCACGUGGAGCGCUUCAACCCUGAGAGCGUUGGCCUCACUCGCGGUACGGCCGCCACGGCGUGGCGCUGGUGGCACACGCAAUACCCGUGGCUGCCGAACGUCCCGCCGCCCGGCCACACGCCACCCACACCAGUGGGCCACCGCCCGCCCGCCUGGGACGAUGAAUUCGCUACGGUCGUUCUGAGCAUGAGCGACGCGGAGUUACGUGAGUACCUCGUCGCCAAACUCACUGACGUCAUCUUCGCCGAGACGCAGCGCGACGGCUACGAAAUGCGGCGGCUAGACUUCGAAGGAAAACCGCUUACGGAGCUGCCAGAGCCACGCGACAUUGAGAGCUUCGUGCUGCAGGAGGAGACGCUGCGGGAACGCGUGCUCGACCAGGUGGUGGAGGGCGUUUUUCGCCUUAGCCCGACGUCUGCCGAUCGGCGCGAGCUGCGCAGCGUCGCAAACAUCAUCGACUACGUCAUUGCACACGUCACGGCAGCGCGGGCGCCGCAGCAGCAUCGACGCGUGACGCCUGCUGCGCUGGCGGUGAUGCAGCAGUGCCCGCUGCAGCCACAGUUCGGCUUCGUGCACGCGCUGCCCGUCGACAACCGCGAUGCGCUGCUGCAGGAGUGGGAGCGCAUGCACCACCUUGACUGGCAGUUCGGCAAUGCGCAGUACACCCCGCGCAGCGCGGAGGACACACGCGGAAACCUUACGUGGCUGCGCGAGGAGCAGCACCACGCGGCGCGGCUGCAGUUCAUGCAGCAGCUAGAGAGUGGCGAGGCGAAGGAGCGGCACAUGCAACGCGUAAAGGAGGCCGCCAUGACUGUUAGUGCAGCGGACUAA